AUGGGCCCACCACAUUGUGAACCCGCAACCCAGAAUGGUCCAUUGCGCUCUCCUAUAAAUGCGAAGAGAGGUUACCAUUUUUUUCAAGCAGAAGCAGUUGUAGUCCAAAUGGAAAUAAGAAGAUUGUCUCUCGUAGUGGUGGUGAUAGGGAUCCUUCUUUUAUCAGAAGGAUGUUUAGAGGAAGAGAGAAUUGCUCUCUUGCAAAUCAAAACUUCCUUUUAUUCCUCAAAUGGCAUAUCAUUCCAGCAUUACUCCCUGGGAAAAUAUGCCAACUGUUGUAAUUGGGAAGGAGUUUUCUGCAAUGCCACUACAGGGCGAGUUGUCCGAAUCGAUCUUCUCUACAAGAGAUUAGCGGAUUGGUACUUAAAUGCCACUUUGUUUCUUCCUUUCCAAGAACUGAACUCUCUUAACUUGAGUGGAAAUAACAUACUUGGCUCUGUUGAGAAUGAAGGCUUUGAAAGACUUUCAAAACUCGGCAAUUUAGAGACUCUCUAUUUAAGUUAUAACAAGUUCAGCAACAGCAUUCUAACAUCUCUAAGUGCUCUUUCAUCUUUGAAAUCAUUAGAUCUAUCAAAAAAUCGACUUAAAGGAUCAAUUAACAUUGAAGAACUGCAUCGCUUAAGAAGGCUGGAAGAGUUGAAUGUCGCUGAUAAUGAAAUUGAAGGCUUCAAAUCUUUUCAUAAUGGGGAUGCACUACCGAAGCUGAGCAAUUUGAAGUAUCUUUGCUUGAGUGGAAAUCGCUUCAAUAACAAUAUAUUAUCAUCCAUCAAGGAUCUUUUCUCUCUUAUAGAUCUGGAUCUAUCUUACAACCAACUGAAAGGAUCAUUCAACAUGAAAGAAUUGGAUGCUUUGAUCAACUUAACGAAUGUUGUUCUAGACGGAAAUGAGAUUGACAAAUUUGUGUUCUCGGAAGAUAGUAGAGGUUUUCCAAACCUAAGCUACAUUUCUUUAUAUAAUAUGACCACAAAUGGAGGAAGCAUUUCAUUCUCAUUACUGCGAUCAUUGGCAAAAUUUCCAAACCUCAGGAGCCUUGUUCUGGGAUGGAACCAUUUUGACGGAACAAUAUUAGCUCAAGGUGACUAA